AUGGCAUUGAGUGGUGGAUUUAAUAGACGCAGCACGCCGAAGCAACGUCACUUCGUUACUAAUCCCAUCUACUCCAACGAUCUGUUUAUCAGCCGCAUCUUGCCAAAGUCCCUCACUCCACCUCAUACUCCUUUAUCUCUAAAGAUGUAUAUCUGCAAGAUUGAAGGGUUGGCAGCAUCAAACGCAAAUGUAUUCGAGUCCCUGUCAAGUGAUAAAGCCCUAGCGGAUUCCACACGCCUCAAGCUGCGAGGUACUCGUGGCCUAGGCGCGUCGUCUCGCGAUCCGAUGGUUUUGGUGGUCGGGGCUCCUGAGGCUGGGAAACGAUCAAAUGCGCCGCGAGUGGGCAAUAAGUUGAUUGAAAACCCUGAGUCACGCGAGACGUGCUACAUAUAUUAUCGCGUAUACGGUAAAGAGGGCGAAGAAAACUCAAAAACAGCCUUUGACGAAAGUGAUACUUUCUUGGGCCGCAUAGACACGUUAUCUAUUGCGCCGCCAUGUACCGUGGCCUCUCUAAAGUCUCGCAUCAUGAAGGUUGAAGGCAUCGCAGAUCAAGAGAUUCAGUUGUUUGAGGACACCGACGGAGAAGUCCUGAUGAAAGACACUGACCGUGCACCCUUCUUCGCAGAAACAUUCCCGGGUUGCGUUGAAGACGAUCCAUUGGCGGUCGUCUAUAAUCUAAAAAUGCCCAGUUCGACAUCAACCAAGACAAAGGCAAUUCGAGCGAAGUGCAAUUUCAGCUACAUGGGUUAUAUGGCCGUAAACUCGGCUGGAAAGGAGGCAUUCGUGCCGGAAGGGCGGAUUGUCGAGAGAACUUGGGGAAGAGCUCGCCUCCCCCAAUUCGGGCCCCCUUCAAAUUUGAACCAAGUUGAGGUUUAUGUUGAAGUCGUACUGGGAUUUGAAGAAACAAGCAACGUUCCAAAGAUUGCUGAAGGACCCGUUGAAGCUGGAGGCUUGUGUCUUGGGUUUGAGCGGAUGACCGCCAAGAAGGAAGGCUUGGCGUUCCGGGCGGGCGGGUAA